UCCUCAUCAUCACAUCAUCAUCCCCAACUAGCUUCAACCAUUUUUUGCUUCCUUCUCAGUUUUGCCUUCUCAGAGGAUGGGUAAGAGUUACGAAGCAGUUCAUGGAGUGUUGGCAGUGUUGUGUUUGGUGUUGUUGGUGGAGAAGAGUGGUGCGUAUGAGUUCAUAGUUGGCGGACAAAAGGGUUGGACUGUUCCAAGCGACCCAAAUUUCAACCCUUACAAUACUUGGGCUGAAAAGAGCCGUUUUCAGAUAGGCGACUCCUUAGUGUUCAACUACAAUUCUGGGCAAGACUCGGUGCUGGAAGUGAAGAGUGAAGACUACAGCAAUUGCAACACCGAUGCGCCAAUUGCGAAGUACACGGACGGCCACACAGUGUACAAGUUCAAUCACUCUGGCCAUCACUUCUUCAUCAGUGGAAAUAGAGAUAAUUGCCUCAAGAAUGAGAAGCUUGUCAUAGUUGUGUUGGCUAAUAGGAGCAGUAACAACACCCAACAAGCACCCACACCUGCUCCUUCUCCUUUAGCUUCUUCAUCAACCUCGGCUCCAUCAACACCACCUUCUUCUGCCACUUAUCCUCCAUCACCACCGCCUUCUUCCGCUGCCUCACCUCCGUCCCCACCACCGUCCACAGCUUCAUCUCCUCCAGCACCAUCACCGACCACUGGGACAACCCCCACGCCUGCUCCCGUUAGUGGGCCUCCAUCUCAUGCCAACGGUGCUUCUUCAAUCUUUUGCACCUUUGCUGGAACUGCUGGAGCAUUCGUCGUUUCAACUCUGAUUUUAUCUUUCUAAGUAUAAGAUUAUAAAUAUGACGGACUGAGUAUGAUUUUCUUCUGUCUCCUUUUUUCUUGCUUGUCAUGGUGUUCUAUGCCGUGAGUUCCGUAAUGCCCUCUGGGACAUUUACUUGUGACGAUAUUUGAUACAUAAGAGGACAAUAAUGUAUGUACCCUUUUGUGUGCUUCUCAUUCUUCAUUUGAUGCAAGAACACUGUAAAUGUUGCAAUGAAAUAAUACCAGCUUUUUGUGGGUAUCA